AGAUACCCAGGAGCGAAUCGUGGGCUGUGAAAACUGUCGUCGUCUUCGUCUCCGACGAGCAACGCGGCGAGGAGAGGGAGGGAGAGGGAGAGCGGGAUGGGGUAUCUGUGGCGGGUGCGGCUGUCGUCGUUCGCGGCCGGCGCAGCGACGGCGUCGGCGGCGGGGUCCUUCCUCCUCUACAAGGACCACCUCCUCGCCCGCUCCACCAUCGCCCGACAGGUGGAGGACAUUAAGGAAACUUCUAAAAAGCAUUUUGAAGCCCUAAACCAGAGGAUAUCAGCACUGGAAAGUAGACAAGAAUCAGGAUCUACUAAAGAAGCAUCAGAUUAGUUCAGAGUUGGGCUUACAUUAUGGUUACAUCUGCCCAUGUGUUCUUUAUUGCUGCAUGUGGUAUAAUUGCAGCAUAUUAAGCUGUACUAUUGUAAUGUUGAAAUUUCUGUGAACCCUCAAUUUGAGUUGCUUUACACUUUUGUAUGGCCAUGUCAUCUUCUUGAGAUGGACAAAGAUCAAAUAAAUACAUUUUUCUCAUUACAAUAAGUUAUGAGACAUGUGGGAACUAUCUUCCAUU